UGAUACUUGUUCACCCUAGAGAAGAGAAUCUAAUUUGAAACAAAAAUGAAGGCCGGUGCAGUUGAGUCUGGUGAAAUUUCAAAAGGAGCACCCCCAAGAAAAGGGUUGAUUAGAGGGCUCUCAAUAAUGGACUUUAUUUUGAGAAUUGUUGCAGCCAUUGCCACACUCGGAAGUGCAUUGGGUAUGGGAACAACUAGGCAAACACUUCCAUUUUCCACCCAGUUUGUAAAAUUCAGAGCUGUAUUUAGUGAUGUUCCCACAUUCGUGUUUUUUGUGACCUCCAAUUCUAUUGUAUGUGGCUACCUAGUUCUUUCACUUGUUCUGUCAUUCUUCCACAUAGUAAGGAGUGCUGCAGUCAAAAGCAGGGUACUCCAGGUCUUUCUUGACACGGUUAUGUAUGGUCUUCUCACAACUGGAGCCUCAGCAGCAACAGCAAUAGUCUAUGAAGCACACUAUGGCAACUCAAAUACCAAUUGGUUUCCAUUCUGCAGACAAUACAACCAUUUCUGUAAACAAAUUUCUGGUUCACUCAUUGGCUCUUUCAUUGCAGUAGUUCUCUUCAUCAUACUUAUUCUCAUGUCAGCAAUAUCAAUAAGCAAGCAUUAAUAAUUGGGGUCUUGACUCGUCGCGGCCUUAUGCAGACACACUGUGACAUCACAAUAUUUCUGAAUUUUAGUACAGUUUGGUUUUGGUAAAAAAAAAAAAAAGAAGAUGAUUGCCAUGGAAAAGUUGUGGUGUAAAUAGCUCUGAAUCUGAAUGUGUUUGUCUAGCCUUUCCUGCAAUCCUAGUAGCUUCAACCUUUCAAUAUAAAGCAGUCCAAGGACUCUCUUUAGUACAAAAUCCGUGUCUAAUUAUCCUAUAACUUGUUUUUUAUAAAAAGGACGAGAGGUAGUAUCUUAUAAUAAUUGUGAGCUUUGAGUGGCGAAUAUUUUGUUACAUGUAUUGUAGCUCUUUGUUCUUCUUUGUUCAAUGUUCUCGUUCAAUAUUCACGGCUCAUGGCCUCUUUUGCUCCUGAAGGUGUAAAAGAAAUACUUUAUACAUGUUUUUUAUUUACUUUUA